UCAUUUUCAUUUCAUUCUCUUCAAAUUCUUCAAAAUUAUGUUUUUUUUUUCUUUUCAUUUAUCGAUUCGGUUUUGGUUUCCAUAGCUUUUGCAGAGAAACUAUCUAGAAAUAUGAACUUUCUGUAUACUUUAUAUUUUUCUGAGCGGUGUUCGGUUCAGUAUAUACACGUAGGGAGGGGCAACAAUUGUAUAAGAUAGAAAUAGAAUGUUCUGUUUUAACUGUGCACACUAUUUUAACACGACACCGUUUUCAGAUAAUAAAAAAAAAAAAAAGUAGUAAUAUAUAGUUUAAUGUUUUCUGACCAAAGUUUCGGUUGUAGGAGUUUUUCUAAUGUUGUUAAACGUCAAAGUCACUUCACGCUAUGAAAGGAAACUUUCAAUUACAUAUAUGGCUGGAGUGGGAUCAGUGGUGAUGACACCACUCAUAGGAAACUUGUCCGACAGAUAUGGCAGGAAAACUUUGAUCACUCUUCCUCUCACUCUCUCAGUCAUUCCUUAUGUGAUAUUGGCAUAUAGCCGGGAGACCAAAUUCUUCUAUGCGUACUAUGUCGUGAAAACUCUUGCUUCCAUGGCAGGCGAAGGGUCCUUCCACUGCCUGGCUUUAGCAUAUGUGGCAGACAAGGUUCCAGAUGGGAAACGAACAUCCGCAUUUGGGAUACUUGCUGGUGUUGGAUCAGCAUCAUUCGUUGGUGGAACAUUAGCAGCUCGUUUCCUAUCCACUGCCUUGACAUUUCAGGUUGCUGCUGUCUUGUCAAUGAUUGCAUUGGUGUACAUGAGAAUUUUCCUUAAGGAUAGUGUACCUGGUGGUGGUGUGAGCCAGCCAUUGUUGAAAGAGGUGGAGGAGACAUGUGCUGAGGAUGCUUCAUCACGAAAAAGGGCAACAGGAGCAUUUAAGAAACUGCCCUCUCUGGGGGAUUUGAUUUGCUUGCUCAAGUGUAGUCCCACGUUCUCGCAAGCAGCAGUUGUUUCGUUCUUCAAUAGUCUUGUGGACGGUGGCUUGAUGGCUGUGUUGCUGUACUAUUUAAAGGCACGCUUUCAAUUCAACAAGAACCAGUUUGCAGAUUUGUUGAUGAUUACUGGGGUUGGAGCUACUCUUGCACAACUAUUUCUCAUGCCCAUUUUAGUGCCUGUUAUAGGAGAGGAGAAACUACUCUCCACAGGGCUCUUGAUUGGCUGCAUAAAUGUCCUUGUCUACAGCAUAGCAUGGUCAGCAUGGGUUCCUUAUGCUCUAGCAGGUUGCUCUAUAUUCUCAGUUUUUGUGCGGCCAAGUUUAUGCAGCAUUGCAUCGAAGCAAGUUGGACCUACAGAACAGGGAAUGGUUCAAGGAUGCCUUUCUGGAAUUAGUUCCUCCGCCAACAUCAUUGCUCCGUUAGUUUUCAGUCCACUGACAGCCUUAUUCCUGUCAGAAAAUGCUCCGUUUUAUUAUCCUGGCUUCAGUCUAAUGUGCCUUGGGCUAGCGAUGAUGAUAGCAUUUUUUCAGAGCCUAAUGAUCCGAGCUGCUCCUCCUAUUGCGGUUGGAAAAAUUAGCAAUAGCCGCUGCACGGAUACUUUGGUCUGAGAUGAAGACUAAUAGCUCUCGAUCGGGCAAUAAACAUUACACCUUACUGCUUCAUUUUGUCUCCGGAAAAUUCUUGUUCAUAGCUCAUCAGACGAUAAAUUAGAAAGAUGGUAGAAGGAAUCGCACUAUAAGUGUAGAUUAUAGGGUCUCCGCGUAUGGUUGUGCACUUGGAGAUAUAAAACAGUAAAUAGCAAAAUACAAAAAAAAAAAAAUUAAUCCGGUGAACCAAUAGCAGAACCACGUUUCUUUGGAAUUAUUAAGAGGAAAUGUGCAUAUGUUUAUGAACCGUAGGGUCUCAUUAGUUACUGCUUAGCCAUUCUAUCUUUGCAAUGUUGACCAUUGUAUGCAAACAUCCUUAAGCCUUAGCACUAUUUAGCUUACAUUUCUAGCUAGUAUAUAUUUUUUUCCAAAGUUUCCACUUCGUAGUAUCAGCAGGAACUUAGUGACUUUUAUAUUAUGAAUGAAGCAUUUCAAUUUGAGCCAA